UCAGAGGCGGUGGGGAAGAGAAGGCAUAGGCGGUGUUUGCUUUUUAAUUUUUUGUUUUUCCAAAGAGCAUUUCAGCACACUGCUGUCAAGGACGCUGAAAAGAGUACCUUUUAUAUUUUUCUUUUCUUUUUUUUUUCUUCAUCGGAAUGGUUAGGUCACCUAUGUGACUAUAACAGAAAUUUAAAGGCAGUUUUAUUUUAUGGUAGCAUGCUGGGAAUGAACAACAAACAACAUUCAUGACGGUGCUCUAGCACAACCAGUCGCCUCUAAAGGCUUCCAAAGCCUUUUAUCGGAAGAAAAAUUGUAUGUUACUCAUACUCCUGCCUGAUUAGCUAACCUACCUCUGCUAGCCACUUGGAGUGGGUGCUGCUGGAAGGCGCAAAGAAGGAAAUCUGAACGGUCCAUUUUAGAGAUUCGGAUGAGGUGUUUGAAUCCAACGCUUGAAUUUUAUCAUUUUAAUCAACGCUCUCUGCAUAUCAACAAGCAUUGGCAUAUUGCAUUUCAGAGAUGUGGGCAAUGAGAUUGCUUUUCCUUGGAUUUGUACUCAGUCUGGGGGUUCUCGCUCCUGUAAGAGCAAUUGAUGCCCCAAAGACCUGCAGUUCCAAGCAGUUUGUGUGCAAGGACCAGGUGACCUGCAUCUCCAAAGGCUGGCGCUGCGACGGGGAGAAGGACUGUCCAGAUGGCUCGGACGAGGCCCCAGAUAUCUGUCAUCACAGUCAUGUGUCACAGUGUCCUCCCAACGAGUUUGACUGCCGAGGCACAGAUGUGUGCAUCCACCUCAGCAAGCUGUGCGACGGCGUUCCGGACUGUUCCGACGGCCGGGACGAGGGGGCACACUGCCGAGAGUUGAGGCCCAACUGCACCACCCAUGGCUGCCAGUACAAGUGUGCCGUCACCACGGCGGGCCCCAAGUGCUACUGCAAGAACGGCUACGAGGUUGCAGAGGACGGCAAGAUGUGCAAAGAUUUUAAUGAGUUGUAUGGGACCUGUAGUCAGAACUGCACCAACCUGGACGGCUCCUACGCCUGCAGCUGUGUGGAGGGCUACCUGUCACAGCUGGACAAUCGCUCCUGCAAGGCCAAAAAUGUUCCCGUGGACCGUCCACCCCUGCUCCUCAUCGCCAACUCGCAGAGCAUCCAGGCCACGUUGCUGAGUGGCUCGCAGCCCUUCACCGUGCCCACCAAGCAGACCACGGCCAUGGACUUCGUCUACGCCAACGACACCGUCUGCUGGAUCCACAUGGGCGACGGCCCCGGCAACAAGCAGCUCAAGUGUGCCAAGAUCGCCAACGCCAAGACCUUCACAGACGUCCACGUGGUCAACAUCUCCCUGAGCCUGCACCAUGUGGAGCAAAUGGCCAUCGACUGGCUAACGGGAAACUUUUACUUUGUGGACGACAUGGACGACCGCAUCUUCGUGUGCAGUAAAGACGGUUCCACCUGCGUCACCCUGCUGGACCAGGAGCUCUACAACCCCAAGGCCAUCGCCCUGGACCCAACCAUGGGGAAGGUGUUCUUCACUGACUAUGGGCAGAUUCCUAAGGUGGAGCGCUGUGACAUGGACGGUCAGAACCGCACCAAGUUGGUGGACAGCAAGAUCGUCUUCCCCCACGGCAUCACGCUGGACUUGGUCAGCCGGCUGGUCUACUGGGCCGACGCCUACCUGGACUACAUCGAGGUGGUGGACUACGAGGGCAGGAACAGACACACCAUCAUUCAGGGCUUACUGAUCGAGCACCUGUACGGCCUGACUGUGUUCGAGAACUACCUGUACGCCACCAACUCGGACAACGCCAACAUGCAGCCCAAGACCAGUGUCAUCCGCGUCAACCGCUUCAACCGGUCGGACUUCCAUGUGGUGACCCGGGUGGACAAGGGAGGUGCCCUCCACGUGUACCACCAGAGACGCCAGCCCCCAGUGAGGAGUCACGCGUGUGCCUCUGAUCAGCACGGCAAGCCUGGCGGCUGCUCGGACAUGUGCCUGCUGGGCAACAGCCACAAGAUGCGGACCUGCCGCUGCCGCUCUGGCUUCAGCCUGGGCAGCGACGGCAAGUCCUGCAAGAAACCGGACCACGAGCUGUUCCUGGUGUACGGGAAGGGGAGGCCCGGCAUCAUCCGUGGCAUGGACCUAAACGCCAAGGUGCCGGACGAGUACAUGAUCCCCAUCGAGAACCUGAUGAACCCACGGGCCCUGGACUUCCACGCCGAGACCGAGUUCAUCUACUUCGCCGACGCCACCAGCUACCUGAUCGGCCGCCAAAAGAUCGAUGGCACGGAGAGGGACACUAUAAUUAAGCAAGGGAUCCACACGGUGGAGGGGGUGGCCGUGGACUGGAUGGGCAAGAACCUGUACUGGACGGACGACGGGCCCAAGAAGACCAUCAACGUGGCCCGGCUGGAGAAGGCCUCUCAGACGCGCAAGACCCUGAUCGAGGGCGGGAUGACUCACCCGAGAGCCAUCGUGGUGGACCCUCAGAAUGGGUGGAUGUACUGGACGGACUGGGAGGAGGAGCCCACGGGCACCAACCGCGGCAGCAUCAGGAGGGCCUGGAUGGACGGCACCAACGCCGGCGUCUUCCUCACCGCCAAGACGGUGCUGUGGCCCAACGGCCUUACGCUGGACAUCCCCAACGGCAUCCUCUACUGGGUGGACGCCUUCUACGACCGCAUCGAGAUGGUGUUCAUCAACACCACGGAGCGCAGGACCGUGUACGAAGGACCGGAGUUGACCCACCCCUUCGGCUUGAGCCACUACAAAAACUUCCUGUUCUGGAAUGAGUACCGAGGCGGCGGCAUCUACAAGGUCGAUCAAGAGACCAAGAACGUCACCCUCCUGCGAGUGGAGCGGCCGCCCAUCUACGAGAUCCGCACUUACGACGCUCAACAGCAACAAGGUACCAACUUGUGUCGUGUCAAUAACGGCGGCUGCAGCAGUCUGUGUCUGGCCAUUCCCAGCGGCAGGACGUGUGGCUGUCCAGAUGACCAGAUCCUCGACACCCACAACAUCACCUGCCAAGCCAACCCCUCCUACCAGCCUCCCCCGCAGUGUCAGGCUGGCGAGUUCGCCUGCGAGAACAGCCGCUGCAUCCAGGAGCGCUGGAAGUGCGACGGAGACAACGACUGUCUGGACAACAGUGACGAGUCACCGGACCUCUGCCACCAGCACACCUGCCCUUCAGACCGCUUCAAGUGUGACAACAACCGUUGCAUCCCCCUGCGCUGGGUCUGCGAUGGAGACAACGACUGUGGCAAUGAUGAAGACGAGUCCAACACCACCUGCUCAGCUCGUACGUGUCCGCCCAAUCAGUUUGCCUGUGCCAGUGGCCGCUGCAUCCCCCAGUCCUGGACCUGUGACCUGGACGACGACUGCGGAGAUCGCUCGGACGAGCCUGCCUCGUGUGCCUAUCCGACCUGCUUCCCCCUCACCCAGUUCACCUGUAACAAUGGCCGCUGCAUCAACAUCAACUGGCGUUGUGAUAACGAUAACGACUGCGGAGACAACAGUGAUGAGGCGGGCUGCACGCACUCGUGUUCGGGGGUGCAGUUCAAGUGCAACAGCGGCCGCUGCAUCCCCGAGUACUGGACCUGCGACGGCGACAAUGACUGUGCAGACCACAGCGACGAGACUCACGCCAACUGCACCAACCAAGCCACGCGCCCCCCUGGCGGCUGCCACACGGAUGAGUUCCAGUGCCGUAUGGACGGCCUGUGCAUCCCCAUGCGCUGGCGCUGCGACGGCGACACCGACUGCAUGGACUUGAGCGACGAGAAGAACUGCGAGGGGGUCACGCACAUGUGCGACCCCGCCGUCAAGUUUGGCUGCAAAGACUCUGCUCGCUGCAUCAGUAAGGCUUGGGUGUGUGACGGGGACAGCGACUGUGAGGACAACUCAGACGAGGAGAACUGUGAGCCGCUGGGGUGCACAGCGUCACAUCACGUGGUGUGUGCCAACAACGACACCAUCUGCCUGCCCCCCGAAAAGCUGUGUGACGGCAACAACGACUGCCCUGAUGGCUCUGACGAGGAGCUCUGUGAUUUGUGUUUGCUGAGUGGGUGCAGUCACAACUGCAGCAUAGCGCCCGGGGAGGGCAUCAUGUGCCUGUGCCCCGUGGGCAUGGAGGUGGGCCCGGACAACAAGACGUGCCAGAUCCAGAGCUUCUGCGCCAAGCACCUCAAGUGCAGCCAGCGCUGCAUCCAGGACAAGUUCAACGUCAAGUGCGCCUGCUACGAGGGCUGGGCCCUGGACACGGACAAGGAGAGCUGCUACAGCACGGACCCGUUCAAGCCGUUCAUCAUCUUCUCCAACCGGCACGAGAUCCGACGCAUCGACCUGCACAAGGGCGAGUUCAGCGUGCUGGUGCCAGGCCUGCGGAACACCAUCGCCCUGGACUUCCACUUCAACGAGAGCAUGCUCUACUGGACCGACGUGGUGGAGGACAAGAUCUACCGCGGAACGUUGUCGGACAAUGGCGCCCUGACCAGUUUUGAGGUGGUGAUCCAGUAUGGCUUGGCUACUCCCGAGGGUCUGGCUGUGGACUGGAUUGCUGGGAACAUCUACUGGGUGGAGAGCAACCUGGACCAGAUCGAGGUGGCCAAGCUGGACGGCACCAUGCGGACCACCCUGCUCGCUGGAGAAGUGGAGCACCCUCGAGCCAUCGCUCUCGACCCCAGAGAAGGGAUUCUUUUCUGGACAGACUGGGAUGCUAGCUCUCCCAGAAUAGAGGCAGCCUCUAUGAGUGGGGAAGGCCGCCAAACCAUCCACAGGGAAACGGGAAAUGGAGGCUGGCCCAAUGGGCUCACGGUGGAUUACUUGGAGAGACGCAUCUUGUGGAUUGACGCAAGGUCAGACGCUAUCUACUCUGCCUCCUACGACGGUUCCGGCCUCAUCGAGGUCCUCCGGGGACACGAAUACCUGUCGCACCCGUUUGCCGUCACCAUGUAUGGCGGCGAGGUCUACUGGACCGACUGGCGCACCAACACGCUGGCCAAGGCCAACAAGUGGACGGGCCACGACGUGACCGUGGUCCAGCGCACCAACACGCAGCCGUUCGACCUGCAGGUGUACCACCCGUCCAGACAGCCUCAGGCCCCCAACCCUUGUGCAGGUAACGGUGGCCGGGGGCCCUGCUCUCACCUCUGCCUCAUCAACUACAACCAGACCUUCUCCUGCGCCUGCCCGCACCUCAUGAAGCUCCAGGCCGACAAGCACACCUGCUACGAGUCCCGUCAGUUCCUGCUGUACGCCCGGCAGAUCGAGAUCCGCGGCGUGGAUCUGGACAACCCGUACUACAACUACAUCAUCUCCUUCACCGUGCCGGACAUCGACAACGUGUCGGUGGUGGACUACGACGCCAUGGAGCAGAGGAUCUACUGGUCGGACGUGCGCACGCAGACCAUCAAGAGAGCCUUUAUCAACGGCACCGGGGUCGAGACCGUGGUCUCCGCUGACCUGCCCAAUGCCCAGGGCUUAGCAGUGGACUGGGUCUCUCGGAACCUGUUCUGGACGAGCUACGACGCCAACAAGCGGCAGAUCAACGUGGCGCGGCUGGACGGCUCCUUUAAGAACGCGGUCAUCCAGGGCCUGGACAAGCCCCACUGCCUGGUGCUGCAUCCUAUCCUGGGGAAACUGUACUGGACAGAUGGCAACAGCAUCCACAUGGCCAACAUGGAUGGCACCAACCAGACCCUCCUGUUUGCAGAUCAGAAGGGUCCUGUCGGCCUGUCCAUUGACUUUGACGAGGAGCGUCUGUACUGGAUCAGCUCCGGCAACACCUCCAUCAACCGCUGCAGGAUGGACGGCUCGGACCUGGAGGUGCUGGAGGCCUCCAAAGGCAAACUGACCAAAGCCACCGCGCUGGCCAUCAUGGGCGACAAGCUGUGGUGGGCAGAUCAUGGCUCCGAUCAGGUGGGCACCUGCGACAAGAGCGACGGGGGCAACUGGAGGGUUCUGAGAAACAACACCUCACCCAUGAUGCACAUGAAGAUCUACAACGAGACCGUGCAGCAAGGUGGUGUGAACCUGUGUAGCACUAACAAUGGCGGCUGCUCCCAGCUCUGUCUCCCCACGUCCAAAACCACCCGGGCCUGCAUGUGCACGGCCGGCUACAGCCUCAAGAGUGGGCAGCAGUCCUGUGAAGGCAUGGGCUCCUUCCUGUUGUACUCGGUGCAUGAGGGCAUCAGGGGCAUCCCUCUGGACCCCUCGGAUAAAUCGGACGCGCUGGUGCCCGUGGCGGGCACCUCUCUGGCAGUGGGCAUCGACUUCCAUGCUGAAAAUGACACCAUCUACUGGGUGGACAUGGGUAUGAGCACCAUCAGCCGUGCCAAGCGAGACCAGACCUGGAGAGAGGAGGUGGUGACCAACGGCAUCGGCCGAGUGGAGGGCAUCACCGUGGACUGGAUCGCAGGCAACAUCUACUGGACGGACCAGGGCUUUGACGUUAUUGAGGUGGCCCGUCUCAACGGCUCCUUCCGUUACGUGGUGAUCUCCCAGGGCCUGGAUAAGCCCCGCGCCAUCGCCGUGCACCCAGCCAGAGGUUAUCUGUUCUGGACGGAGUGGGGGCAGUACCCGCGUAUCGAGCGCUCCCGUCUGGAUGGAUCUGAGAGAGCAGUGCUGGUGAACGUCAGCAUCAGCUGGCCCAACGGCAUCUCCAUUGAUUACCCGGAUGGCAAGCUGUAUUGGUGUGACGCACGUACAGACAAGAUUGAGCGUAUUGACCUGGAGACGGGUGAGAACCGCGAGCUUGUUCUCAGCACCAACAACAUGGACAUGUUUGCAGUGUCUGUGUUUGAGGACUACAUCUACUGGAGUGACAGAACUCAUGCUAAUGGCUCCAUUAAAAGGGGUCACAAAGACAACGCCACGGAAUCCUUGUACCUGAGGACCGGCAUCGGUGUCCAGCUCAAAGACAUCAAGGUGUUCAAUCGUGCCAGGCAGCAAGGAACCAACGUGUGCCGAGAGAACAAUGGCGGCUGUCAGCAGCUGUGUCUUUUCCGUGGCAACAAGCAGCGCACGUGCGCCUGUGCCCAUGGCAUGCUGGCCGAGGACGGCAGCAGCUGCCGCGACUACGAGGGCUACCUGCUCUACUCGGAGCGCACCAUCCUCAAGAGCAUCCACCUGUCGGACGAAACGAACUUAAACGCGCCUAUAAAACCGUUCGAGGACCCCGAGCACAUGAAGAACGUCAUCGCGCUGGCCUUCGACUACCGGGGGGGCCCUGGCCCCGGCGGCCAGAAGCGCACCAACCGCAUCUUCUUCAGCGACAUCCACUUUGGCAACAUCCAGCAGAUCGAUGACGACGGGUCCGGCCGCAAGACCCUUGUGGAGAACGUGGGUUCGGUGGAGGGCCUGGCGUAUCACCGCGCGUGGGACACGCUGUACUGGACCAGCUACACCACCUCCACCAUCACGCGCCACACCGUGGACCAGAGCCGCCCGGGGGCCUUCGAGCGCGACAUCGUGGUCACCAUGUCCAGCGACGACCACCCGCGAGCGUUUGUGCUGGACGAGUGUCAGAAUCUGAUGUUCUGGACCAACUGGAACGAGCAGUCGCCCAGCAUCAUGCGCUCCUCGCUGGGCGGCGCCAACGUGCUGAUCAUCAUCGGCACGGACAUCCGCACCCCCAACGGCCUGGCCAUCGACCACCGCGCCGAGAAGCUCUACUUCAGCGACGCCACGCUGGACAAGAUCGAGCGCUGCGAAUAUGACGGCAGCCAUCGCAUUGUGGUGCUGAAGAACGAGCCGGUGCACCCGUUCGGGCUGGCGGUGUACGCCGACUACAUCUUCUGGACGGACUGGGUGCGGCGGGCGGUGCUGAGGGCCGAUACGGACGGCCGUGACCUGAAGGUGCUGCGCGCAGACAUCCCCCAGCAGCCCAUGGGCAUCAUCGCCGUGGCCAACGACACCAACAGCUGUGAGUUCUCCCCGUGCCACAACAACAAUGGCGGCUGCCAGGACCUGUGUCUCCUCACCGCAGAUGGCCGGGUCAACUGCAGCUGCAGAGGAGACCGCAAGCUCCUGCCUGACCAGUCCUGCGUCGCCCAGAACAUGUCCUGCAGCAGUGUGGACAACUUUGAGUGCGGGAACGGAGACUGCAUCGACUACAGCCUCACCUGCGACGGCAGACCCCACUGCAAGGACAAGUCUGACGAAAAGCAGUCAUACUGUGCUAACCGCGUGUGUAAGAAGAGCUUCCGGCGCUGUGCCAACGGCCGCUGCAUCGGGCUGCCCGUCUGGUGUGACGGGACGGACGACUGCGGAGACGGAUCUGAUGAGCUGCACUGCAACGUGACCCUCUGCGCUGCUGGGGAGUUCCAGUGUGCCUCAGCUACAGGCUGCAUCGCCAACUCCACCCGCUGCAACCAGGUGGUGGACUGUGAGGACGCCAGUGACGAGAUGAACUGCAGUCCAACGGACUGCUCCAGUUAUUACCGGCGGGGUGUGAAGGAGUCGACGUUCCAGCGAUGUGAGAAGACCACCCUGUGCUACGCCUCCUCCUGGGUGUGUGACGGCUCCAACGACUGCGGAGACUGGUCUGAUGAAAAGAACUGUCCUGACAAGAAGAAGCUGAAGUGUCCGGUGAACUUCUUUGCUUGUCCGAGCGGCCGCUGCAUUCCCAUGAGCUGGACAUGUGACAAGGAGAAGGACUGUGAGAACGGAGCGGACGAAACACACUGUGAUAAGUUCUGCACGCCCACGCAGUUUGAGUGUGGCAACCACCGCUGUAUCCAGAGCACCUGGGUGUGUGACGGCCAAGACGACUGUGGAGACGGCUCAGAUGAGGGCGCCAAGUGCAUCACAAAGACGUGCAGUCCAGAGACGUUCCAGUGCCCAGGCUCGUACAUAUGUGUGCCCCAGCGCUGGAAGUGUGAUGGAGACCGCGACUGUCCCGACGGAGCUGACGAGAGCGUCAAGGCAGGCUGCACCUACAAUAACACAUGUGAUGAGAACGAGUUCAUGUGCCAGGACAAGAACUGCAUCCCCAAGCAGUUCGUGUGUGACCAUGACCUGGACUGCCCCGACGGCUCGGAUGAGUCUGUAGAGUGCGAGUACUCCACGUGUGGUCCUGAAGAGUUCCGCUGUGCUAACGGCCGCUGCCUGAAGCGGAAGAGCUGGGAGUGUGACGGAGAGCCUGACUGCUACGACAGCUCGGACGAGGCCCCCAAGAACCCCCACUGCACGGAGACAGGGAAGAGCUGCAACGACACGGCCUACAUGUGCAACAACAAGAAGUGCAUCAAUGAGACGCUGCUGUGCGACAACAAGGACGACUGCGGCGACGGCUCCGACGAGCUCAACUGCUACGUCAACGAGUGCGCCCUCGCCCACCUCAGCGGAUGCUCCCAGCAGUGCGAAGACCUCAAGAUCGGCUUCAAGUGCCGCUGUCAAACUGGCUUCCGUCUGAAGGACGACGGCAAGACGUGUGUGGACAUAGACGAGUGCACCACCAGCUACCCCUGCACCCAGCAAUGCGUCAACACCCACGGCAGCUUCCACUGCCUCUGUGUGGAGGGCUUCCAGCUCAUGCCCGACGACCCCACCACCUGCAAAUCCACCUCCGACGAGGAACCCUUCCUGAUCUUUGCCAACCGCUACUACCUGCGCAAGCUCAACCUGGACGGCACCAACUACACCCUGAUCAAGCAGGGUCUGAAUAAUGCAGUAGCCCUGGACUUCCACUACGCUGAGCAGAUGAUCUACUGGACAGAUGUGACCACGCAAGGAAGCAUGAUCCGCCGCAUGCCCAUCAACGACAGCGACAACGUGCAGGUGCUCCACCGGACCUCCCUGAGCAACCCUGACGGCGUGGCGGUGGACUGGGUGGGACUGAACCUCUACUGGUGCGACAAGGGCCGUGACACCAUCGAGGUGUCCAAGCUGAACGGCGCGUACCGCACCGUCCUGGUCAACAGCGGCCUCAAGGAGCCCAGAGCUGUCGCCGUGGAUGUCCGCAACGGGUACCUGUACUGGUCAGACUGGGGCGAUAACCCCCACAUCGGACGCAUCGGGAUGGACGGCACCAACCGCAGCGUCAUCGUCCAGGAGCGCAUCACCUGGCCCAACGGCCUCACGCUGGACUUCAUCAACGACCGCAUCUACUGGGCCGACGCGCGCGAGGACUACAUCGAGUUCGCCAGCCUGGACGGCACCAACCGACACAUCGUGCUGCACCAGGACAUCCCCCACAUCUUUGCCAUGACCCUGUUUGAGGAGUACAUCUACUGGACCGACUGGGAGACCAAGUCCAUCAACCGCGCGCACAAGACCCAGGGCACCAACAAGAGCAUGCUGAUCAGCACCCUGCACCGGCCCAUGGACAUCCACAUCUACCACCCCUACAGACAGCCAGAGGUGAAGGGGCACCCGUGCCAGGUGGAUAACGGCGGCUGCAGUAACCUGUGCCUCCUCUCUCCUGGGGGCGGCUACAAGUGCGCCUGCCCCACCAACUUCUACCUGGCCGCCGACGGACUCCAGUGCAUGUCCAACUGCACCGCCAGCCAGUUUGUGUGUAAGAAUGACAAGUGCAUUCCCUUCUGGUGGAAGUGUGACACUGAGGACGACUGUGGCGAUCGUUCAGAUGAGCCUGCUGACUGCCCUGCCUUUAAGUGCCGGCCAGGUCAGUUCCAGUGUGGCACGGGCAUCUGCACGAACCCUGCCUACAUCUGUGACGGGGACAACGACUGCCAAGACAACUCGGACGAGGCCAACUGUGAUAUCCACGUGUGCCUGCCCAGCCAGUUCAAGUGCUCCCAGCCCAGCCGCUGCAUCCCCGGAAUCUUCCGCUGCAACGGCCAGAGCAACUGUGCCAACGGGGAGGACGAGAAAGACUGUCCGGAGGUGACGUGCGCCCCCAACCAGUUCCAGUGCACCAUCACCAAGCGCUGCAUCCCCAGGGUGUGGGUGUGUGACCGCGACAACGAUUGCGUGGACGGCUCCGACGAACCCGCCAACUGCACUCAAAUGACGUGCGGUGUGGAUGAGUUCCGCUGUAAGGACUCCGGCCGCUGUAUCCCAGCACGCUGGAAGUGUGACGGAGAGGACGACUGUAGUGACGCCUCAGACGAGCCCAAAGAGGAGUGUGACGAGCGGACGUGCGAACCCUACCAGUUCCGCUGCAAGAACAACCGCUGUGUGCCUGGCCGCUGGCAGUGUGACUACGACAACGACUGCGGGGACAACUCGGACGAAGAGCAGUGUGUGCCACGUAAGUGCUCUGAGAGUGAGUUCUCCUGCACCAACGGCCGCUGCAUCGCGGGCAGGUGGAGGUGUGAUGGAGAUCAUGACUGUGCGGACGGCUCUGAUGAGGUUGGCUGUGAACCGAAAUGUGACAGUGACCAGUUCCAGUGUUCGAAUGGCCACUGCAUACCUUUGCGCUGGCGUUGUGACUUGGAUGCCGACUGCAUGGAUGGCAGUGACGAGGAGAAGUGCAACAGUACUGUUGGGAGACAGUGCCCCCUAGAUGAGUUCCAGUGUAAUAACACCCUCUGCAAGCCUCAGGCCUGGAAGUGUGACGGCGAGGACGACUGCGGGGACAACUCCGACGAGAACCCUGAGGAGUGCCGGAACUUCCAGUGCCCGCCUACCAGAAACUUCCGCUGCCACAAUGACCGGGUGUGCUUGUGGAACGGCAAGCGCUGCGACGGAGUGGACAACUGCGGGGACAACUCGGACGAGAUGAACUGUGGUGACCACAAGGAGCCGCCCUGCGACAAGAACAUGUUCCGCUGCAGCAACGGCAAGUGCAUCAGCUCCAACCUGCGCUGCAACUUCUUCAACGACUGUGAGGACUACGGCUCGGAUGAGGUCAACUGCACUAAAGAGAAAGGCACUGUGGUCAAUGACUGUAAGAGCAACAGGACCCACUGUGGGGACGGCGAUGAGGCCCACUGUGUGACCAACGGCACCGACUCCUUCUGCUCCUGCAAACCCGGCUUCCACACCAUAGCACCCAACAUCUGCAAUGACACAAACGAGUGCCUCCAGUUUGGAGUUUGCUCCCAAAUCUGUAACAACACCAAGGGCUCCUACAAGUGCAGCUGCCACAAGCACUUCACCAAGAUCAAUGACACAUGCAAGGCUGAUGGCCACAGGGACAGCCAGCAGCAGAUCCUCUACAUCGCCGACGACAACGAGAUCCGCAGCCUGGACCCGGGCGUGCCCAACUGGGUGUACGAGCAGACCUUCCAGGGCGACGCCAACGUGCGCAUCGAGGCCAUGGACGUGCACAUCAAGACCAACAGCAUCUACUGGACCAACUGGCACACGGGCAGGAUCUCCUCCUACAAGCUGCCCCCCGCCGCCUCCUCCUCCUCGGGCCCCGUAUCCAACACCCACCGCCAGCGGCGCCAGGGCGAGGGCGCCGACUCCGGCCUGCAGGUUCAGAUCUCGGACCUGAAAAUGCCUCGAGGCCUUGCAGUGGACUGGGUGGCUGGGAACCUCUACUGGACCGACUCGGGCCGAGACGUGAUCGAGGUGGCCCAGAUCAAUGGCCAGCACCGCAAGACCCUCAUCUCGGGCAUGAUCGACGAGCCCUACGCCAUCGUGGUGGAUCCGCAGAGAGGGAGAAUGUACUGGACUGACUGGGGUAACCAUCCCAAGAUUGAGACUGCAGCCAUGGACGGAACCAUGAGACAGACUCUGGUCCACGAGAACAUCCAGUGGCCAACAGGCCUGGCUGUGGACUACCUCAACGAGCGCCUCUACUGGGCGGACGCCAAGCUCUCGGUCAUCGGCAGCGUCCGACUGGAUGGAUCCGACCCCGUCGUCGCCGUCUCUCGCCUCAAGAACAACCUCCUGCACCCGUUCAGCAUUGACGUGUUUGAGGACCACAUCUACGGCGUGACGUACAUCAACAACUACGUCUUCCGCGUCAACAAGUUUGGCAAGGGCUCCAUGGAGAACCUGACCACCGGCAUCAACCAUGCCACCGACAUUGUCCUCUACCAUCGCUACAAACAGCCCGAGAUGACCAACCCAUGUGACCGUAAGAAGUGUGAGUGGCUGUGUCUGCUCAGCCCCACGGGUCCGGUGUGUGUCUGUCCAAACAACCACGUCCAGGACAACGGCACCUGUGUGGAGGUGCCUCCACCGACCUCACAACCAAGCCCAGGGACGUGUAGCCUGCAGUGCCUGAAUGGAGGCAGCUGCUUCCUGAACCCCCACAAGCAGCCCAAGUGCCGCUGCCAGACCAGCUACAGCGGAGAGCGCUGCGAGGUCAACCAGUGCAGGGACUACUGCAAGAACAAAGGCACCUGCUCCCCCUCACCCUCAGGUGCUCCUACCUGUCGCUGCCUGAAUGGCUUCACGGGUCCCACGUGUAACCAGCGGACGUGUAAGGAUUACUGCCAGAACAAGGGCAACUGCACAGUCAACCAGGGCAACCAGCCCACCUGCAAAUGCCCCCCAGAGUUCCUGGGAGACAUGUGCCAGUACAGUAAAUGUGAAGGCUUCUGUGAGAACAAUGGCAUGUGCCAGCAGUCGGCCAAUGGCACGCGGCAGUGCCGCUGUCCACCCCAGUUCCUAGGCCCGCGCUGUGAGCUGGACCGCUGCCAGUACUGCGGCACCGGAGAGUGCAUCACGACGCCCGCCAGGGAGCUGGCCUGCAGAUGCCCCAAUGGGCGCACCCAGCCCAGCUGCUUUACCUGUGGGGAUUUCUGCUUGCAUGGCCAGUGCUCCAUCGACUCCCGCACACUGCUUCCUCAGUGCAGGUGUCAGGACGGAUUGAGCGGCUUCCGCUGUCUGACGGUGUCUCCUGUGGAAGGCCCCGACAGCCAAACCAACGCUGCCUCUGUCGUCAUCCCAGUUCUCCUGCUGCUCCUGCUGGCGCUCCUGGUGGUGGGCGCCCUCAUGUGGUACAAGAAGAGAAUGCGAGGGGCCAAGGGUUUCCAGCACCAGAGAAUGCCCAAUGGGGCCAUGAAUGUAGAGAUCGGGAACCCAGCCUACAAGAUCUACGAGGGAGAUCCAGACGACGAUGCAGGGGAGCUGCUGGACUCUGACUUUGCACUGGAUCCAGAUAAGCCCACCAACUUCACCAACCCAGUGUACGCCACACUCUACAUGGGCGCCCACAACAGCCGCAACUCGCUGGCCAGCACCGACGAGAAGAAGGAGCUCCUCUCCACGACGGACGACGACAUGGGAGACCCGCUAGCGUAGAGGUCCACCGCUAACAGCCACGGCGCUGCUCGACGAAAAAAAACCUCCUGCCCGCUCCCCCCCGUCUAAUGCCUUUUACAAAACAGGAAAGAAAGAAGAAAAAAAAAAAGCAGCAACCACAGUAACAAUGAGAGAACACUGUACAAAAUGUAUAAAAAAGGAGGAGAAAAAAGAAAAAGGAAAAAAAGAGAUGAAGGACUACUUUUGUAUGUGAUUGCAGUAUUAUAUUUUAUUCUUUGAGGAAAAUUCUUCUGGUGAACAGGAAGAAAACAGAACAUUUUCUAUACGUUUUUUAUUUUUUACUUUUUGUUUUUUUCUGCUCACCAACUUGCUAUUCAACCUAACUUCAGUCAAUUCCCGACGACCCCUUCAUUUAGCCACUACCUCUGUGCUAAUAUAACAUAUGAACGACGACAGCAUUGGAACAACUUUCUUUUUUAUUUCUUUUCAACUUUAUUUUUGUAUGAAUUGUAUAGAAGCCAUUGUUCCAUUUGAAAAGAAAAUCGCCAAGUGUGUUGUGAACAAAAUGUGAGUGGGAUGGGGAAAACCAUGAGUCGGGUCAGAUUCCCCCACACACUUUCACUGCUGCUGGAUGUUUAGAUGCAGAGGUAGGGAGUGUGUGUGACUGCGUGAGUGUGUGAGAGUGAGUGACUGUGUGUGUGACUGUGUGAGUGGAAGGGGGAGGGGGCAAAAUGAGUAAGAAGCAGUGGGUCCGCAUCUUUACUUCCAUACCCAUAGCUCAGAGAACUUGGUUUUAAAAUGAUUGUUUUUUUUUUCUCCUUGCACAGAUAUGAAUUUAUAUAUAUAUAAAUAUAUAUAUUUACAUAUAUAUAUAAACCUAGUGUCUUGAAAAUACACCUAGGGAUUCAAACAUCCGUAAAAAAAAUAGCAGUAUGUAUUUGUUUUGCUUUAAUACUCUCUUCAAGGUUAUUUUAGAGAUAAACAAAUGAUUGGAUACUGUCUGGACUUGUUUGAAUGGAUGGAUGGACAGAAAGGGAGCCCGUUGAGUGGCUGGAUGAUGUAAUUGUGCUAGUUGGAUGACGAUGAGAACAUUCCAGGGUUGUCUCUUCAUUUGUUUGUGUGUUUGUUUUAUCUGUGGCCUUGGUUUUCGGAAUGUCAAAUGUUUUUUUUGGGACCGCUGGGAUAGACUGGGACUCGUCCCAGUCGUGAUCGAGGAAUUGCUGAGAUUGACAGAAGGCGGGGGGGAAAAAAAGGAAAAUGAUUGUCAAGCUUUUUGCCUCUCUCAGGCACUGUCAAUGUGUGUUCAGGUUAAGGCUUCGGAAGCUCUCCCUCGUCACCUCUCCUAGGAACUGUGACUCCAUCUUGAAUCCCCAUUACAUGCGUCAGUGUAACCCAUGGAGGGAUGGGGCUGUCCAGGGAGAGCACACUCGUUGCAUUAAUAAACAAAAUUAAAGCUGUGUUUAUUUUUUAUUAUUUUCUACUUGGGUACGAAGUUGAUAGGUGAUUGUCUGUGUCAGCCAGUGCUACUACCUAGGAGGCAUUCUGUUUGAUGCUGACGUCCCUGUGCAAAUACAGCCCUCUUUCUCUUGAUUAGCAUUCCCACUACCACACAUAUUAAUGCUAUGCCUUGCUGCUAACGCCACCAUUCGUCUGCCUGAUCCAUUGUCAAGCUCAGCCAGACAGCUCGUCACUGGGCUGCUGCUGCUUCUAAUGGAUGUGACUAGCCAUAACUUCCAUAUGUUAAUGCAUGUAACACGAAAAAAAAAAGCGGAAAAAAAAAUACAAUACCAACAAAAUGUACGUGUAAAUCCCUCUGGCUUUUUAUUGGACACAUUUUGAACAGUAUUCACACGUCUGAAUCUGUCCUUCUCAUUUCUGUGAUGUUGCUCUGUUCAUUCUUUUGUUUUUGUUUUUGUUGUUUUUUAUUUUGAUCAGAUGGAUUAGUACAAUCAUUUUACUUUCUCAAAGGUUAAAAUAAGACACUUUUACAAAAACCUAAA